AUGUCUAAGAAGCAUAAGUGUGAUAUGGCUGUGAUCCUAGAGCCGAAGGUGAGUGGUGUGCAUGCCGCAAAAAUUAUUCGAAGUCUGGGGUACGAUGAUUCCAUAAUUGAGGAGGCAGUGGGAUUUUCCAGAGGGAUAUGGAUCCUCUGGAACCAGUCCAGCUGCUCGGUGAAGAUAAUUGAGAAGAGGGACCAAUUUAUUUUGAUUCAAGUUUCCAUUCCCAAUAAGCAACCAUUUUUGUUCAUAGCUAUAUAUGCCAAUCCCAGAAUUGAAAUUCGUCAGACCCUAUGGGACGAUCUUCGUCGGCUUCAUGCGUCGUUUGAGGAACCAUGGUUACUUGCGGGUGAUUUCAAUGAGAUUCUCACGGCGAGUGAAAAAAGAGGGGGAACACCUGUUAAUCUCAGCAGAUGUUCUGAGUUCUCCUCUGUGCUAGAUGACUCUAAGCUACUGGACCUUGGUAGCUGUGGUUCUCGCUUUACAUGGAAGGGUCCCAAGUUCUCCCACCUUGAUCGUGUUUUCAAGAGACUGGACAGAGCAAUGGCCAACACCCAGUGGAGGCUGUGUUAUGAAGAAGUUGUGGUUAAGGUCCUCCCCAGGUUGUACUCUGAUCAUAGCCCUCUCCUUAUUUCUCUGUUUAAUUCUUCAACUGAUUGGACUCCAAGACCAUUUAGACUGUUCCCUCCUUCGCUAGAGCAUCCUAACUUCAAGCAAGUUUUGGAGGAGAAUUGGGACUCUCAUUCUGAGACUUCUGCAAACCUCUCCAGAUUAGUGCCCAUUCUGAGAGACUAG